AUGAGCACCAUGCGCCUGCUGACUCUCGCCCUGCUUUUCUCCUGCUCCUUCGCCCGCGCCGCCUGCGACCCCAAGAUCGUCAACAUCGGUGCGGUGCUGAGCACGCGGAAGCACGAGCAGAUGUUCCGCGAGGCUGUGAAUCAGGCCAACAAGCGGCAUGGCUCCUGGAAGAUCCAGCUCAACGCCACCUCCGUCACCCACAAGCCCAACGCCAUCCAGAUGGCCCUGUCUGUGUGCGAAGACCUCAUCUCCAGCCAGGUCUACGCCAUCCUAGUUAGCCACCCACCUACCCCCAACGACCACUUCACACCCACCCCCGUCUCCUACACAGCCGGCUUCUACCGCAUCCCCGUCCUGGGGCUGACCACGCGCAUGUCCAUCUACUCAGACAAGAGCAUCCACCUGAGCUUCCUGCGCACCGUGCCGCCCUACUCCCACCAGUCCAGCGUCUGGUUCGAGAUGAUGCGCGUCUACAGCUGGAACCACGUCAUCCUCCUGGUCAGCGACGACCACGAAGGGCGGGCGGCCCAGAAACGCCUGGAGACGCUGCUGGAGGAGCGCGAGUCCAAGAGUAAAAAAAGGAACUAUGAAAGCCUCGACCAACUGUCCUAUGACCACAAGCGCGGACCCAAGGCGGAGAAGGUGCUGCAGUUCGACCCGGGGACCAAGAACGUGACGGCGCUGCUGAUGGAGGCGCGGGAGCUGGAGGCCCGGGUCAUCAUCCUCUCCGCCAGCGAGGACGACGCUGCCACCGUGUACCGCGCAGCCGCGAUGCUGAACAUGACGGGCUCGGGGUACGUGUGGCUGGUGGGGGAGCGCGAGAUCUCGGGGAACGCCCUGCGCUACGCCCCGGACGGCAUCAUCGGGCUGCAGCUCAUCAACGGCAAGAACGAGUCGGCGCACAUCAGCGACGCCGUGGGCGUGGUGGCCCAGGCCGUGCACGAGCUGCUGGAGAAGGAGAACAUCACCGACCCGCCGCGGGGCUGCGUGGGCAACACCAACAUCUGGAAGACCGGGCCGCUCUUCAAGAGGGUGCUGAUGUCUUCCAAGUACGCAGACGGGGUGACCGGCCGCGUGGAGUUCAACGAGGACGGGGACCGGAAGUUCGCCAACUACAGCAUCAUGAACCUGCAGAACCGCAAGCUGGUGCAAGUGGGCGUCUACAACGGCACGCACGUCAUUCCCAACGACAGGAAGAUCAUCUGGCCGGGCGGAGAGACCGAGAAACCGCGCGGCUAUCAGAUGUCCACCAGGCUGAAGAUCGUGACGAUCCACCAGGAGCCCUUUGUGUACGUCAAGCCUACGCUGAGCGACGGCACGUGCAAGGAGGAGUUCACCGUCAACGGGGACCCGGUCAAGAAGGUGAUCUGCACCGGGCCCAAUGACACGUCGCCGGGCAGCCCGCGCCACACUGUGCCUCAGUGCUGCUACGGCUUCUGCAUCGAUCUGCUCAUCAAGCUGGCGCGGACCAUGAACUUCACUUAUGAGGUUCACCUGGUGGCCGACGGCAAGUUCGGCACGCAGGAGCGGGUGAACAACAGCAAUAAAAAGGAGUGGAACGGGAUGAUGGGCGAGCUGCUCAGCGGGCAGGCGGACAUGAUCGUGGCCCCGCUGACCAUCAACAACGAGCGCGCGCAGUACAUCGAGUUCUCAAAGCCCUUCAAGUACCAGGGCCUGACCAUUCUGGUCAAGAAGGAGAUCCCCCGGAGCACGCUGGACUCGUUCAUGCAGCCCUUCCAGAGCACGCUGUGGCUGCUGGUGGGGCUGUCUGUGCACGUGGUGGCCGUGAUGCUGUACCUGCUGGACCGCUUCAGCCCCUUCGGCCGGUUCAAAGUGAACAGCGAGGAGGAGGAGGAGGACGCGCUGACCCUGUCUUCGGCGAUGUGGUUCUCCUGGGGCGUCCUGCUCAACUCAGGCAUCGGGGAAGGCGCCCCCAGAAGCUUCUCGGCGCGCAUCCUGGGCAUGGUGUGGGCGGGGUUCGCCAUGAUCAUUGUGGCAUCCUACACCGCCAACCUGGCAGCCUUCCUGGUGCUGGACCGGCCGGAAGAGCGCAUCACCGGCAUCAACGACCCGCGACUGCGGAAUCCCUCGGACAAGUUCAUCUACGCGACGGUGAAGCAGAGCUCGGUGGACAUCUACUUCCGGCGGCAGGUGGAGCUGAGCACCAUGUACCGCCAUAUGGAGAAACACAACUACGAGAGCGCCGCGGAGGCGAUCCAGGCCGUGCGCGACAACAAGCUGCACGCCUUCAUCUGGGACUCGGCGGUGCUGGAGUUCGAGGCCUCGCAGAAGUGCGACCUGGUGACCACGGGCGAGCUCUUCUUCCGCUCGGGCUUUGGCAUCGGCAUGCGCAAGGACAGCCCCUGGAAGCAGAACGUCUCCCUGUCCAUCCUCAAGUCCCACGAGAACGGCUUCAUGGAAGACCUGGACAAGACGUGGGUUCGGUACCAGGAGUGCGAUUCGCGCAGCAACGCCCCUGCUACCCUCACCUUCGAGAAUAUGGCAGGGGUCUUCAUGCUGGUGGCUGGGGGCAUUGUGGCCGGGAUCUUCCUGAUCUUCAUCGAGAUCGCCUAUAAACGGCACAAGGACGCCCGGCGGAAGCAGAUGCAGCUGGCGUUUGCGGCAGUGAACGUGUGGAGAAAGAACCUGCAGGAUAGAAAGAGUGGUAGAGCAGAGCCCGACCCUAAAAAGAAAGCCACACUUAGGGCUAUCACCUCCACCCUGGCCUCCAGCUUCAAGAGACGUAGGUCCUCCAAAGACACGCAGUACCAUCCCACUGAUAUCACGGGCCCGCUCAACCUCUCAGAUCCCUCGGUCAGCACCGUGGUGUGAGGCGCCCGGAGGCGCCCACCCGCCCCGUUAGCCCGGCCAAGGACACUGAGGGGUCGUGCUGCUCGGGAAGGCCUGAGGGAAGCCCGCCUGCCAGAGACUGCCCACCCCGGGCCUCCCGUCCGUCCGUCCGCCCUGCUGCUGGUGGGCAGCCCCUGCUGGACUGAGGCUCGGACGAGAGCCGCUGAGGACGGGCCAGAGCUGAGCUGGCUGGGCAGGGCCUCAGGGCGCUCCGGCAGAGGCAGGGCCCUGGGGUCUCUGAGCGGCAGGGGGAGCAGUUGACUCGGCCCGGCAGAGGGGCUUGGCGCAGAGACUGGAGCCCCAUCCUUCCCGGCCACUCCCAGAGCUACGGUGGGCCUUAGCCCGGGCUGGCUGGGCCACCCCUCCCGCGCCCUCGCACCUCACGGCCUCCACCCCACCUCCCCCUUCCUGCCUGUACCCCUUCUCCGCUUCACCCCAUCCUCUGAGCUGGCCCUGCCCUUCCUGGACUGCAGACCCUGAACUCCACCCGCUGGCAGCGCCUCCCUGGGGCGCGCUCGGGCUCCCCACUGCUUCCCACC